AUGGUUUCCAUAAUGGAUAUCACCAUGCCUAAGAAGUUUUACCAUCUUCUGAUUUUUAAUUUGACUCUGAUUGAAAUUGUUCUAAGUGGGAAUGUGCUAAUUUAGCCAAUGGAUGGUAGCCAUUGGUUAAACAUUAAGACCAUUUUAGAAGAGUUGAAUCAAAGAAAUCACAAUGUGACUGUAUAGGCUUCAUCAGCAACUAUAUUUGUUAACUCCAGUGAUGAUUCUCUUGUGAAUUUUGAGGUGAUAUCUGUUUCCUACAAGAAAAGCAACAUCGUCCUAAUUGAACAUCUGAUAAUGCUGUGGAUAGAUCACAGACCGACUCCUCUCACGCUCUGGACUUUCUACAAAGAACUAGGAAAAGUCCUACAUACUUUUUUUCGAAUUAAUAUACAAAUCUGUGAUGGAGUAUUAAAGAACCCCAAGUUACUGGCAAGACUUCAGAAAGGAGGCUUUGAUGUGCUGCUAGCCGACCCAGUAACAGUCUACAGAGACUUGGUAUCUCUGAAAUAAGGAAUUCCAUUUAUUUACACGUUGAGGUUCUCUCCAGCCUCAGCAGUGAAGAGACACUGUGGAAAAAUCCCAGCACCUGCCUCCUAUGUACCUGUAGCACUUUCAGAGCUCACUGACCAGAAGACCUGUGGCGAAAGGGUUAAAAAUACCAUACCUUAUCGGCUGCAAGACUUUAUAUUUCAGUCCUACUGGGGACAAUGGAAUUCAUAUUAUAGCAAAAUCCUGGGAAAACAUACCACGUUAUGUGAAAUGGUGGGGAAAGCUGAAAUGUGGUUGAUUCGAACAUACUGGGAUUUUGAAUUUCCAUUCCCUUACUUACCUAACAUUGAAUUUGUUGGAGGACUGCACUGCAAGCCUGCAAAACCCCUACCUAAGGAGUUAGAAGAGUUUGUUCAAAGCUCUGGAAAAGAUGGAGUUGUGGUGUUUACUCUGGGGUCAAUGAUCAAAAACCUCACAGAAGAAAUGUCUAAUGUGAUUGCAUCAGCCCUUGCCCAGAUUCCUCAGAAGGUCCUAUGGAGAUACACAGGAAAGAAACCAGAAACUUUAGGAGCCAAUACCCGACUAUAUGAGUGGAUUCCACAGAAUGAUCUUCUUGGUCAUCCCAAAACCAGAGCUUUUAUUACUCAUUGUGGAACCAAUGGGAUCUAUGAAGCUAUUUACCAUGGUGUCCCUAUGGUGGGAAUUCCCCUGUUUGGUGAUCAGCAUGAUAAUAUUGCUCGUAUGAAAGCCAAAGGGGCAGCUAUUGAAGUAGACUUGCAAAGAAUGACAAGUUCCGAUCUGCUUAACGCUUUGAAAGCAGUUAUUAACAACCCUUCCUAUAAAGAGAAUGCUAUGAAGUUAUCAAGAAUUCACCACGAUCAGCCUAUGAAGCCCCUGGACCGAGCAGUCUUCUGGAUUGAGUUCAUCAUGCGCCACAAAGGAGCCAAACACCUUCGGCCAGCCAUCCACAACCUCACCUGGUACCAGUACAAUUCUUUGGAUGUGAUUGGGUUCCUUCUAGCAUGCGUGGCAACUUUUAUAUUCCUGGUCACUAAAUGUUGCCUGUUUUGUUACUGGAAGUUUGGUAAAACUACAAAGAAGAAAAAGAAAGAGUAGUGUUUUUUUUGUUUUUUUAACAGUUGGGCUGGAAACCUUGAUAAGGUCCAUCUGAAUUAACCCAGCCACUGAUUUGAACAGAUUCCUCUCCUACUCUCCUGGGUUCUUAUCCAUACCUCAGCUUAUCAAGUCAAAGAUCAAAGACUCACCCCCAAAAUGUGCCACAUGAUUUAGAAUUAAGAUUUAAAAUAAUCUAUUCUUUAAAAAGAGAGGAUAAACAAAUAAACACAUGGAAGUUGCUACCAUUAAA